AUGUUAGGAAGCCUCUCUCAGCAGGUAGCCACGCCAUUUCAAAAUCUGUACUAUGAACAUGAUACUCAAGUUCUGAAUCAGAGCAGAAUGGCUCUCCAGCGCUUUCGUUCCAUGGGCAUAAUGCCGAAACUGGGCCUCACAGCAGGGAACUACCACUAUAUGGACGGUUCUAUCUGCACGAACUGCGCACUUCGUCUGAGAAAUCUUUGCGGGUAUGAGACCAAGAAUGCAACAAGACCUCCAUUGGAGUUGCUCUUUCCCGGCGAACUCUCAUCGCGCCGGAACCUGAACCAGCGAACUCUGUGCUUCCUGUGGUAUGCGAACGUGAUGUGGUCAAGAGCAACCGGAGGCAAACUUGGGUUGAUGAUCUCACGGUUAGGGGCAGGAAUAGACAACAAGGUCACAUUCUUGGAACGCAUGCAGCAAUAUGAGGAGAAAUACAACUGCAGGCCGUUCCAAUCCUAUCCUGUCACGUUAGAUCUGAACGAUUCGCGUAAUUGCCAGCGCUUCUUGUACAGGAAUGACUUGUUCGCCAGAAACGACAGCGAUUUGUGGUUCUUGAAGGCUUCAAACGGCUCUACAGGCCGGCACAUUCAUCUCAGAACGAGGUAUCAGAUCGAUCAGCUAGCGAGGGAAAACAAGAACCUCUGCCCUCGGCCGGGAACCGUAGCAAGCCUCUCAGUGAGCAGGCUGUGGACGAUCGACAACAAGAAGUUUGAUUGCAGAGUGUAUAUCUUGAUUGCAUCCUUCCAACCGACGUUGGUCCUGUUUCAUUCUGGCCACCUUCGUUUCUCCGCUAUCAACUUCACAGCCAGUGUCAAGGAUGAUCUAAAGAUGGAGGCAGGUGAUUGGUUGUCCGGUGUGAAGAUCGACCCUGAGAAGGACAGGCUGCUAGCAAGGCACAUCACAAACCCGAGGUUUGGAACGUCUCACACCAACGACACCAGUCGAGUCAUCCGGCCGUUCGAUACCCUCCGCAAAGAACUAUUCCAACAAUGGGGGCCCGAGGAAGGAAAGAAACUUUGGGCGAGACUCAAUCGAAACAUUCGGAGAGCUGUUCUUAGUGUUUUCUUUGCGAUGAAAGGGUUGUUUCUGCAGUCGCAGUAUUACAACAGGUUCACUUUCAGGUGGGCCUUCGCCAUCAUCGCCUACGACAUCGCGAUCGACCAAGACCUCAACCCCUUCGUGCUUGACAUCAACAGCGGGCCCUCUUUCUACCAUGGCCACAAGUGGCCGACGUGGUUUGUGAAAGAGAGAAGCUUGCUCAUACGUUCGGCGAUGGAUAUUGUACAACAUGUCGCAUUUCUCAAAGUUUCUGAAGAUUCCCUUGUGCUGCUGGUGUGA